AUUAAUAAUUUAUGUGACACAUUAUUAUUAUAAAUAUUUUACUCGUAUCAAUCCUUUACCUGGUCCUUUUCCAUUCCCAUACUUUGGAAAUUUACCUCAAUUAUAUAUUUGGCAUAAUGGAAAUCUUAAAAAUUUUUUCGAAUCUAAUCAUAAAAAAUAUGGUGAUUUAUUUGAAUUACAUUUUGAUACACGAAUUAUAGCUUUAAAUAGAUUAGAAUAUAUUGAAAAACUUUUAUUGGCUUCAUCAAAAAAUCCAUAUAUUAGAAAAAUUUCUGAUAAUGAUAGUAAAGGAUAUCAUGAAUUAGGGAUAAUGGGAAAGGGAAUAUUAUUAAAUCAAGAUUUUAAAUCAUGGAGAUAUAAUCGUCAUUUUUUUACACAAGCUAUUUUAUCACCAAAAUUUGUCAAUGAAGCUCCUCUUUUGAUAAAUAAACUUUUUAAUGAAUUGGAGAGUUAUUGGGAUAAAUUAUAUAUUAAAGAAGGAGUUAUUAAUGAGAAUAGAAAUAAAAUGGAUGUUUCUACAUGGUUUAAUCAAUUUACAAAUGAUAUGAUUAUCGCAUUAUUAACUGGUGAAAGAUCUUAUACUAUGGCUGGGUAUUUUAAUGAACUUAGUGAGAAUGAAAAAGCUGAACGUCCAUCUGCAUUAAUUGAUAAGACUGUAAAAUUUGUUCAUGCAAUUCGUAAACAUUUUUUGGGUUUAUUAAUGUUUCAAUUCGUAUCUCCUUUUCUAAGACAUUAUUUUCCAUAUUUUAAGAAUAAAUCUGAUGAUUUUAUUCAAAACAUCAAAUUUAUAAAUCAAAGAAUGGAUUCAAUUAUCAAAAGACGUAGAGAAGAAAUUGAAAAUACUCCAUUAGAUAAACCUUUACAAAACGACCUUUUGACAUCGAUAAUCACUGCAAACACACCUCGUGAUAUUAAUUAUAAUAAAAUUGAUGAUAAAGAAGUUAUGAGACCUAUGACUGAUCUUGAAAUUCGUGGUAUUAUAUUUGAUGGAAUAAUUGCUGGAACUGAUACUACUGCGAAUACUAUUUCAUUCAUUAUCUAUCAUUUGGCACAUUAUCCAGAUGUUAAAAAGAAAAUGUUGGACGAAAUUGAUGGAAUCUUUCAAGGUGAUAAAACGCGUCCAAUUACCGAAAAUGAUGUUCAUAAUUUAAAAUAUUGCGAAGCGGUUAUAAAAGAAGUAUCUCGUAUUUUCUCUGUCGUAAAUUCAUUUCCAAGAUGUCUUGGAAAACCUGACGAAAUAGGAGGUUAUCAAUGGCCAGCCGAAACAAUGAUUAGAAUUAAUAUUGAUGCUAUUCAUCAUAACGAAGAAUAUUGGGAUGAACCUGAUAAAUUUAAUCCUGAUAGAUGGAUGGUUGAAAGUUUUGAACCAAAGAAAAAUUCAUUUAUUAUGUUUGGAGGAGGAUUAAGAGUCUGUCCAGGAAGAAAGUUGGCAAUGAUUGAAUUAGUUUGUUUAAUGGCUUUAUUAUUUAGAAAGUAUGAUAUAGAUUUAAUAGAUAAGAAAGCUCCUUUAAAAACUGAAUCAAGUAUUAUAACUACCUGUACCGAAUUAUUAGUUGAAAUUAAAUUAAGAAAAUAAAUAAAUAACAUAUUCGUAGAUAUUUAAAGGAUACGCAGUAUUUA